AUGGCGGCCUCCCAAUCCCUCGAAGGGCCUGGUGUCCGGUUCUUCUUCGAGGGCGAGAGCGGACGAAACACCAGGGGCCUCCUUCGACUGAUCAUCUUGUGCACCAUUGCCGCCGCCGCCGUCGCGAGCAGAUUGUUUUCCGUCAUCCGGUUUGAGAGCAUCAUUCAUGAAUUCGAUCCCUGGUUCAACUUUCGAGCAACAAAGUACUUGGUCGAGCAUGGCUUUUACAAAUUUUGGGAUUGGUUCGAUGACCGAACAUGGCAUCCCCUCGGUCGUGUCACCGGGGGCACCCUCUACCCCGGUCUGAUGGUUACAUCUGGAGUCAUCUACAAAGUCCUCCGCUUCCUCACCUUUCCCGUCGACAUUCGCAACAUUUGCGUACUGCUCGCUCCUGGCUUUUCCGGCUUGACGGCUUUCGCAACAUACCUUUUGACCUCCGAGAUGAGCGAUUCGCCCUCUGCCGGCCUCCUCGCGGCCAUCUUCAUGGGUAUUUCGCCGGGCUAUAUCAGCAGAAGUGUUGCAGGCAGCUACGACAACGAAGCCAUUGCAAUCUUCUUGCUUGUCUUCACCUUCUACCUCUGGAUCAAGUCGGUCAAGGAAGGGAGCAUCAUGUGGGCCGGCUUGUGCGCUUUGUUCUACGGCUACAUGGUCAGCGCGUGGGGUGGCUACGUCUUCAUCACGAAUCUGCUCCCGUUGCAUGCCUUUGUCUUGACUUGCAUGGGCCGAUUCAGCCCUAGGCUGUACGUGAGCUACACCACGUGGUACGCCCUGGGCACGUUGGCAAGCAUGCAAGUCCCGUUCGUGGGCUUCUUGCCCAUCCGGAGUAGCGACCACAUGUCUGCAUUGGGUGUCUUCGGCCUGCUUCAACUCGUCGGGUUCACCGAAUGGGUCCGAACACAACUCCCCUCGAAGCAGUUCCAAACACUCCUCCGAGCAUUGGUGCUGAUCGUCUUUGCCCUCGCCUUUGGCUUUUUGGUCCUCCUCACCGUCUCUGGCACCAUCGCCCCGUGGUCUGGCCGCUUCUACUCUCUCUGGGACACUGGCUACGCCAAAAUUCACAUCCCAAUCAUCGCGUCCGUCUCCGAGCAUCAGCCUACCGCCUGGCCCGCGUUCUUCUUUGAUCUCAACAUGCUCAUCUGGCUCUUCCCGGCCGGUGUAUACAUGUGCUUCCGCCAUCUAAAGGACGAGCAGGUCUUUAUCGUCAUCUACGCCGUCCUUGCCAGCUACUUCGCCGGUGUCAUGGUGCGGUUGAUGCUGACCCUCACGCCGAUCGUCUGUGUGGCAGCCGCAAUGGCUCUGAGCCAAAUUUUGGACACCUUCUUGGUGGCGUCCUCCCCAGAAGAUCCCGAGACGAAAGCCAACGGCUCUUCGAAGCCGAACGGCAACGCCAACAUUCACGAGAAGAUUGCAUCCGCCAUUCCCGAGUCGCUCAGCUCCACCAAGUCCGCUGUGGUUGGCAUCUACACCAGAUUAUCCAAAUACGUAAUCGUUACCGCCUGCUCCAUCUACCUCAUGAUCUUCGUCAUGCAUUGUACGUGGGUGACCUCGAACGCCUACAGCUCGCCGUCGGUGGUCUUGGCGUCUCGUCUUCCAGAUGGCAGCCAACACAUCAUCGAUGACUACCGCGAAGCAUACUACUGGCUUCGACAGAAUACCCACCCCACCGCCAAGGUCAUGAGCUGGUGGGAUUAUGGGUACCAGAUUGGUGGCAUGGCCGAUCGACCGACGCUGGUGGACAACAACACCUGGAACAACACUCACAUCGCCACCGUGGGCAAGGCCAUGAGCUCGCGAGAGGAGGUCAGCUACCCUAUUAUGAAGGAGCACGAGGUGGACUACGUCUUGGUGGUGUUUGGUGCGCUGCUGGGCUACAGCGGCGACGACAUCAACAAGUUCCUCUGGAUGGUCCGGAUAGCGGAGGGCAUCUGGCCCGACGAGGUCAAAGAGCGCGACUACUUCACGCCGCGCGGCGAAUACCGCGUCGACGACGAGGCCACCCCGACCAUGCGCAACAGCCUGAUGUACAAGAUGAGCUACUACAACUUCGACAAGCUCUUCCCCGCCGGCCAGGCCGUCGAUCGCGUGCGCGGCUCCCGCCUCCCCACCGAGGGCCCCGAGCUGAGCACGUUGGAGGAGGCGUUUACCAGUGAGAACUGGAUUAUUCGCAUUUACAAGGUCAAGCCGUUGGAUAAUUUGGGGCGGUCGCAUCAGGAGGCCGGGUUGUUCGAGAAGGGCGGAAAGAAGAAGAAGGCUUCGAAGCGGAAGGGGGCGAGGGUGCUCAGGGUUGAGUAG